AUGAAACGACCUCGUCUGGCACGGAGUAAACCAACAAUCAUCCUCUAUCUCGCCUUCUCCUUCUCGAUAUCAUCACCUUCGUCUUCGUCGUCUCUGGUCGAUGCUAUUGUCAUCCCGCCUGCUCGCUGGGGCCAUGUCUCGGUACUGUGCGGCAACCAGUUAUACAUUCAGGGCGGACACACAGGAGUCAACCCUAUGACAGCACCAAUAGGAUCAGAUCUCUACUCACUCGACGUAUCAGCGGCCUUCAAUUCAUUUACUGUUCCCUGGGCGCAGCUCACUCCUGGACCCUACGCUUCCUACCACGCCGCUGGCCUGCUCGGUCCCACCAACAACCUCUUCGCCAUCUUUGGUGGCAAUACUUCCUUCUCAUCCUCACCAUCUUCCAACAGCAACUCACUCAACUUGUACGACACCGUAUCGGGAACAUGGGCUGUCUCCCCGCUUCAGGACCCUCCGAGGAGAGAACAGGCUGCAGCAGUUUCACGGCUGGGCGAUGGCAUAAUGUACGUCAUAGGUGGCAUGGUCCUGUCACCCGAUCUGAAUACAGAGUCUGCUACAGCCGAACUUUGGUCCAUAGGGGGGUACAUCACUCUUCCGACAAAUACAACAAACUCGACUUCUCCCGAACCACCAAAGACAACACAACCUCCAGGACUCACCCCACAGACUGUAGGAUGGCAGAAGCUCGCAAGUCCGAGUUCGCCCUCUGGCUCAGACCGAGCUUUCCACACCGCGACGAUCAUCCGGUCCAAUGGACUGAUUGUCUUAAUUGGUGGGGUCUCUGGAGGAGCGCUGGUGCCCAUGUCAGAAAUCGCUGUUUAUGAUACUGCCGCGGGCACUUGGUCAGUACAGACUGCUACGGGGGCCACACCACCCUUGCGAAGGAAUCAUGUUGCUGUCGCAACCAACACUGGACAGAUCUACGUGCACGGCGGGACGGACCUUGGCGCAACAACUUUCUUUGCGGACUUGGCCAUUCUAGACACAACUUCUUGGUCAUGGAGUCAACCGGCGAUGGACGGGAACGCACCUACAGGACGAUAUUCUCACGCUGCUACCAUGGUCGGAUCCAACAUCAUCAUGACAUUUGGUGCGUACUAUGUCUGGAACAUGGAUACCGAAAGAUCAAACCCGGACAUUGGAAGAAGUAGAGUAGGAGUAGAUGUUGCAGCUAUCGUUGGCGGACUUAUCGCUGCUGCGGCUCUUGCAGCAGUGUUGGUCGUGGCAGUACGGAGGCACCGUCGACAUAAGAUCCAGAAUUCGCAGCACAAGGCGACGGCACUUUAUGCAAGCGAUUAUUCGUACACCAGGAACUCCCAUCUCGAAGAAGAUGCAUACCGGCCUACAGGAAUGGCAUUCAACUCUGCACCGCUCUCGUUUGGUCAGAGGGUGGGACAGGCGUUGGGCGGGAUCGCAUUCUGGCGCAGAAGUGGUGAUAGGCGAGGACGAUCUGCCAAUGCAUCGUAUUCUCAGAGACUGGGCGAUCGUGAUGAGGAUGAUGGAGGGAUGAGAGGACUACAGACAGGGCCUUAUCCGUCAGAUCAAGAAAUCUUUAUGGAUGCCGUUCACCGCGCGCGGUCGAGGGCGGGUCAUUUAUCGCCAUUGUUUACACCUCUUCAGCAACCGAUUUCGCAGAGUCCCCCGAUUUCUCCUCGGUCACCUCGAUCGUCUGCAGGAUUCUCGUACGCUAAUGUCGGUGUUGGGGGGAGUGCCGGUUCAGGUCCAGGAGUUCAUUAUUCGGGACCUGGGGUGACACUGACAGAUGUGCAUAUCCCGAUUUUGAAUCGUGACGGAGAGGAGGUGCCGCAUGGUCGCGCGUAUUCGGAUGGGUUUGAGAACGCGAUGCAGGAGAUGGAUAUUCAAAUGUUGGCGGUGCCGCGUGGACGUCUUUACGUGGUGAAUCCUUCAGAUGAGACGCUUACACAGGACUUUGACUAUGAUCCCAAUCAAGGUCCAGGUCAAGGCCAUGACAAUCAAGGUGGCGAGGAUCCGUAUCGACAGUUUGAUUCUCAGGCACCGAAGCCCUGA